UGUGAAUUUCACUGGGUAAUAUGUCAUUAGCGUGAAUAUUGUUUGGUUCGGAGAAUUAUUUCGCGAAAUAUUGUUGCGAUUGUGUGUUCUCAUGCUUAUACUCGUAUGUGUAUGUUUAGCUCGUAUGAAAAAUUUCGAAUUUUGCUAUUGUCAAGUUGUGGUUCUAGUUUGAAAGUUUAUUGCUUGUGUGACUUGUGAAUUCGCAGGAUUUUUGGAAACAACGUAAAUUACAUCCUUAAAGAUUAGCGACGAAGUACAAAAAUUUCAAAGGUUCCCAGUUCCAUUUUUUUUGAUUUCAGUGAAAUUCAAAACUCAUAAUUGUUAUUAUUCUCGCAAUCACAUUUCCAUAAUCUUCUCAAUAUCUUACGAUGGAUUUGCCAUUUCGUGCAGAAUACGCCAAGAGUGGUUAUUCUCGUUGUAGAGAGUGCAAUACUCUCAUAGCUAAAGACACAUUGAGAUUAGCUGUUAUAAGUCAGGCACCCACGUUUGAUGGAAAAGUUCCAUAUUGGUACCACGUUCCUUGUUUCUUCGUUAAACAGCGUGUGAAAAGUGUUGGAGAUAUAUCGAAUUUCGAAUCACUGAGAACGGAAGACCAACAAUUGAUCAAAUCUAAAGUGGCUGGAGGACCUUCUGGAUCAACUAGUGGAGUCAGUAAUGGAAUGUCUGCUAGAGAAAUUAAAGAUAUGAAAGAACAAAAUGCUUUGAUGUAUCAUUACCACGAUCGUUUGAAAUUACUACAAAAGAAAGAAUUGACUGUUUUACUGGAAUAUAACAAUCAAGAACCUGUUGCUACGAGUACCGAAACUAUUCAUGAUAGAUUAGCUGAUGCGAUGACGUUCGGAGCAUUACUUCCUUGCAGAGAAUGCGGACACAGUCAAAUAGUGUUUCGCUCUGGUGUUGGAUAUUUAUGUUUAGGCAAUAAAAACGAAUGGGUCAAGUGUGAAGCAGUUACAGGUGACCCCAAACGUAAACCUUUCUUAGUGCCAUACGAUUUGAAAAAAAAAUUUGAAUUUUUAGCGACGUACAAAUAUAAACCUCAGAAAAGAAUUUUUCAAUCCAAUAAACCCACGGUCUCGAAAUCUCUCAGCUUUAGUGGUGGCAAGUACAACGAGUCAAAUCUUCCAUACAAAGUAAAGCUCAAAGUUCAAAAUGGUGUGGCCGUUGAUCCAGCCUCCGGAUUGGAGGAUAUUGCUCAUGUGUACCGUUUAAACAAUGAUAAUUAUACCGCUGUACUUUCUGAAGUUGACCUACAGUCCGGACGUAACUCUUACUAUAUACUUCAAAUUCUGGAAUCUAAUGAUGAAACAACGUAUUGGUUGUUCCGUGCUUGGGGACGUGUCGGGACUAAAUUCGGAAGUAAAAAACUCGAAAUAAGGGCUAGUGGAGAAGAUGCCAUCGCCAAAUUCGAGGAUAUAUUCAAAGAUAAAACCGGCAACAUGUGGAGAAACCGUGCUAAUUUUGUUAAAGUAGCGGAUAAAAAAAAUUGGGUCGAUGUUUCAUACAAAGAUGAGUCCGCAGUACCUUCCAAACUUUCGCAGCCUGUUCAAAAUCUAAUCACUCUCAUAUUCAACAAAGACACUAUGAAAAACAUCAUGUUGGAGUUCGAGCUCGAUACGGAGAAAAUGCCAUUGGGUAAACUGAGUAAAAAACAAAUAAAGCAAGCUUUCGAAGUGCUGACCGAACUGCAGAAUUGUAUCUCAGCCUCAGGUGAUCGUAAAACAACUAACCGGAAUAUAUUGGGUUUGACUAACCGAUUUUAUACUCUGAUUCCACAUAAUUUCGGUGUUGAUAAUCCGCCAUUGCUUAAUAACAUGGAUACCAUACAGCAAAAACAUGAAAUGUUGCGCGCAUUAAUGGAAAUCGAAAUUGCUCACUCGAUGCUCAGAGAUGUAGAAUCUGAAAACAACCAUGUUCACCCUAUCGAUUCGUAUUAUUUAAAAUUGAAAACAAAAAUCACAUCUUUGAACAAAACUGAUCGGGAAUUUCAAACGCUGCAAUUAUAUGUUCAAAAUACUCAUGCCAAAGCCCAUAACAAUUACCGUCUAGAAAUCGUGGAAAUUUAUAAAGUUGAAAGACAAGGAGAACGUAAACGAUACGAACCAUUCAACAACUUAUACAACAGGAAGCUCUUGUGGCACGGUUCCAGACUUGCCAACUUCGCCGGAAUUCUAUCUCAGGGUCUUACUAUACCGGAAGUACCACAGACCGGUGCUAUGUUCGGUAAAGGUAUCUACUUCGCUGAUAGGGUAUCGAAAUCUGCCAAUUAUUGUAAAUACAAGGACAACAACAAUACUGGCCUGGUAUUAUUAUGCCAAGUCGCACUCGGAAAAAUGCACGAACUUACUCAAGCCCAACCAGACCUAAUGGAACCACCCGCAGGUAAGCACAGCGUCAAAGCAUUGGGUAAAAUAGAACCUGAUCCUAGUCAAUCCAUUGUUCGAGAUGAGGUUGAAAUACCAUUGGGAAAAGGAAUUGUGGUCGACUCACGGAGAAAGUUGCUGCACAACGAAUAUAUUGUUUAUGAUGUCGCUCAAGUCAAAGUGGAAUAUUUAGUACAGCUGAAGUUCCUUUGCAAUCGAUGAUCAAAGGACUGACGAAGCUACAAUUAAUUAUUUCGUUAUAAUUCCAUUUUGUUAUUGAUGUGCAUAGUAUUGUAAGUUAAGUUUGUACCUACUCAAUAUUAAGACCAGUCAAUACUCGUAAUAGCUAAAAAUCCUUUUUUAUAUUUUUUAAAAUUUUGAAUUAAAGCCUCUUUUUUAAUGAA